AUGACAAAACAAGAAAAUGAAUCAAAUCAACAAACAGAGCUAGAUCAAAUAAAAUCUAAAAUACAAGAUCAUCUAAUAGCAUCAGGAGAGUAUGAAUUAAUAAAUAAACAAUUAAAAUUACAAUUAUAUGAAAGUGGUUGGUAUGAUAAAGUAGCUCAAAUCACUAAUAAACAAUUAAAUAAUAAUAAUAAACAAGAAGAAACUUCAAAUAUUGGUGACUUGUAUGCAUUUGUAAAACCGAAAGCUGAAGAAUUAGUACCUCAAGAUAUCAAAGAAAAUAUAAUGAAAAAAAUUGAACAAUAUCUAAAUGAGAUUAUAGAUUGA